GGCCGCGGAUCAACGGGUCAACACCGAGACCGAACGCGAUCAACGGAGUCCGCGCACGUUCUUGCGCGCAUUCGUCCGACGGUCGAUCGCGUGACACGUUCCGGUUGGUGGACAACAGGAUAAACGGGACGAACGGACGGCAAUCGAAUCGGACGUUCGAGCUGGUGGAGAAGGUUGAACGCGACACGCCGAACACGAUCGUUUUGCCGAGGCGCGCGCGAGAUGAUGUGAACACGUGGCGCGGACCGAAUCGCACAGGCGCGAGUGAAGGAGCUCGCGCGGUUCGGACAUCGUCGUCGUCGUCGUCGUCGCGAGUGAUUUUCGCCAUGGUCCCGGCACGCGGCCCGUCACUGGACUGCAAGAGAGCCGCUCUGAUCGUCUGCUUGACCGCGGCCGUCGUCCUCGGAGUCCUGUACACGUACACGCUGUUCGAAGAGGUGCAGAUCGACGACGAGGACGCCAUACCCGGGGAAUUCGCGCACCGUUCGCUCAAGUCCGUCACCGUGCUAUUCCGCCAUGGAGAAAGAACUCCAGUUUACGAUUUUACAAACUAUCCUAACAUCUAUAAGAAUGAUUUUCCUGAAGGGAAAGGGCACUUAACAAAGCUCGGAAAACAGCAUAUGUACCAUAAAGGAAAAGUGCUUCGACGUUUAUACAAUAGAUUCAUAGAUGAUGUGUACCUGGAACAUGAGAUUUUAAUAAAAUGUACCAUCAUUAGUCGAACUUACGUGUCAGCAGCAAUGGUUUUGGCUGGUAUGUACCCGCCAAAAUAUUAUCAAGAGUGGUCCGACUCGGAAACAGUGUGGCAGCCUAUACCGAUUUCCAAUGACUCGCCAGAUCGAACUGCAAUAUUUCGUACCCAUAAAUGUCCGUAUACAAAUUAUUUCGUAAAAAAAGAUUAUGAUAAUAUUAUCACCAAUAAAAAUAAAAAACAAAUUGAGGAAUUAUUGUCGUACUUAACUAAAAAACUUAAAAAACCCAUAAACGUUGAACAGAUUCAUAUUAUAUACGAUAUAAUUGCUUCCAGGAUAUCUAACGGGUUCCAAUUGCCUGAAUGGAUCAAACCUAAGUUCAUUAAGAUAAUGAAAUCAGUUAGUAUAGAACAUUUUAAAAGGAUGUAUGGAAAUAAAAAAAUACAGAAACUAAUUUCAGGACCAUUGCUUAAAGAGAUAAGUUUGAACAUGCAAUUACGAUCAGAUAACUCAAACUAUAAAACAACAAAAAAUAUGUAUCUUUAUGCAGGGCAUGAUAUAAGUUUAGGAACUGUUUUGUAUUUUCUAGGCAAUAGAAGUAUCAUAACACCUGACUUUGGUGCUUCAAUACACUUCCAUCUAUAUCUGGACAAAACGGUGGGAUACAUAGUUAAGGUAUUCUACUAUAGCAGAUGGGACGAUGACAAAGGAGAAGAAAUUUUAAUUCCAGCUUGCGGUAAUCCUUGCGAAUUAGAAUACUUCACAAAACGAAUAAAUAGACAUUUUUCGACAGAUUGGGAAGAAGAAUGUAAAGAAAUGGAAAACUAAUAUUACUCACAGUUUAUUGAAAUAACAGAUUUAUUAUGUAUAAUAAUAAUCUCAUUAGGGAAACUUUUAUUGAUGAUUAAAUAUAGAUAGGAUCUCAUAUUUCAUUAUAAUAAUGUUCAUAAAAUGACUUUCUAUGACUUUACCUACCCGAAUUAUGUGAUGCGUCAACUAAUACGAAUUAUAAAAUAUUUAAAAUAAUAUACUUUAAGAUUUAGUA